CGAGACUUACAUUCAAAAUGUGCUCAAAAGGUGUCAAACAAUACAAUCAAUUGGUUUACCAUUGGAUUCACUGAAAGCGAUCUUCGCUUGUAUUGGGACACAAACUCAUUGACCGACACAUAGUCUUCGUCCGCUAAUAGCCGUAAACGUGAUAAUAGGACACCGAUUGUACUCAUGAGCGCAAUGUCUGCACCGCUACGGAACUCGUCGACCACCGGUUGGCCUAAAGGCCAGAUUCCCACUCAAUAUACGGGCAAAUACUUGACUACAAACAGCAUUUUGUCCGUCACUGUCAACCGUACCAUCAAUUUGUAUCCGUUGACUAACUAUACGUUCGGAACAAAGGACGCGCUCUUCGAGAAGGACCCGUCAGUUCCGGCGCGCUUUCAACGAAUGCGAGACGAGUUCGAGAAGAUUGGCCAACGAAGAAGCGUUGAGGGCGUCCUCUUAGUCCACGAACACAAACUGCCGCACGUAUUGCUCCUCCAAUUGGGCACCACUUUCUUCAAGCUUCCCGGCGGCGAACUCAACCCCGGAGAGGACGAGUUGGACGGACUCAAGCGACUCAUGACAGAGACAUUGGGCCGUCAAGACGGCGGUACCAACGAGUGGGACGUGGAGGACACUGUGGGCAACUGGUGGCGGCCCAACUUCGAGCCGCCACAGUAUCCCUACAUUCCUCCGCAUAUCACAAAACCCAAAGAACAUAAGCGACUGUUUUUGGUUCAGUUGCCGGAGAAGGCGCUGUUCGCUGUGCCCAAGAACUACAAACUAGUGGCCGCGCCGUUGUUCGAGCUCUACGACAACGCCCAGGGAUACGGACCCAUCAUCUCGAGUCUGCCGCAGGCUUUGAGUCGUUUUAAUUUUAUUUAUAUGUGAAAAUCGUCGCACAGUUUCCCCAUUCAUAAUAAUUAGCCAUUCAUUUAACGAGUUUUUGAGUGACAUUAAAACGAAUGAUUGUUCAAUAAAUUUGUACCAUUUAUUGUAUUUUUUACGAAAC